CGGGUUUAAACUCAAAGAAAUACUUGAGAAUAUAAUUGAUGAGGAUUGGUUCACUGAACAGAAGAGACAGGUUGAUUAUGAGCUUAGCGAAGUGUUAAAACCUUACCUUAAGAGAGAGAGAUCGAUAAAAUAUCCGAACUCACUAUCGAUGAAGGAAAGAAACUGUAUGGGAAGAAUAUUUAGUAUCACCGAAAACCCGAUCCAUGACCAUAUCGUUGCUAGUAGAUACUUUAAAGAACUGGCCGAUGAUAAAAGAUCCAAACUGCGAUUGCAAGCAGCGGAAGCAUAUGCUAAUAUUAUACGUGUUAAAGCCAUGGGUAGACUGGGUGGACCCAACGAAGCACUUCCGUAUCUGGAAAUCGCAAUCGAUCUUAAAAAGGCAGACAUUUAUUUUGCUAUCUACUCAGUGUAUGUUGAAUUGGGUAAGGAGGAUAAUGCCA